AUGCUCAGCGCAGCUGGUAAACAUCUAAAGAACACUCACAAUUGCCACAUCCUUCAUCGACGUCGCAUGGCGAUCGAAAUUCCCACCUGGCUGUGGCUUCCAAAGAAUCAGCCCAACUUGCCCGUACUUGAGGAGAAUUAUCGACGUUGUGGCAAGCGAUUGCCUUGUAUUCAAGCAUUUCGCUGGACAAACAUCAUCCAACCAUUGAUUGUCGCUGCCUUGUUCUUCACGCUUGUCACCGAUUUGCCAUUUACCGGAAACACUUAUGAGAGAACCUGUAGACAAUUAUGGCUCCUUGGUGGAAACUUGAUGAUCUCGAUGUGGGCCGUCCUGUCGAGCUAUCAGCAGAAGCCUUUCUUCUCACAGAUCUACUUCCUCGUCGGGGCACCCUAUCUGGGCAUUGGAAUGGUGGCCUGCUUGUUGUUUUUCUUCCAAAUCGGAAUAUCAGUCAUCAUAGACAACGGAAUCGCCUUGUCGAAUGUUCGAAAGGACUCUCGAGAGGCGCUGGGAAUCUAUUUAGAUUACCGCUAUGAUUGGAUUAUUUUGAUGGUGGCCACAGCCUUUGUAUUCUUGAUGUUCGCUUGGCAAUUUCUUGUAACUCUCUCCUAUUGCUACUUUGUCAGAGAUCGACAAAUCGAAAUUGACGGGCCGACUAGCUUGACUGCAAAUCAGGAAUCGAGGAGGAGGAAAAUCGGAGAAGCUAAAGAAGUCCCCACAUGGCUGUGGCGACCAAGAGAGCCAAACUUUCCGUUGCCCCUUCGCGAAGAGAACUACCAGAGCUGCUUCAAGAAGAUGUCGUGUGUUGCAGCCUUCCGCUGGCUGCACUUCCUUCAACCCGUCACCUUCUCGCUUUUAUUCUUCCAACUCGUCGUCGGACCCCUAAAUGAGCCAAUUCUAGCGACUAUCGCCCAGGGAAAUUAUCCUUUUAAAGCGUCGGAUCGCGCACAGGUUCAGUUAUUAAUGCUGCUCAUCAACAUGUUGGCCCCGAUGUGGGCGAUCUUUGCAAGUUACAAUCCGAAGCCCUUCUUCAUCCAACUCUAUUUUCUCUUUGCGGCAUGCUACUUUCCAUUUGGAAUCUUGUUGAGCGGUGCCACAUUCACCGUGCUUGGAGUGACUUUGAUCAACGGCAGCAGUGAUCGUUUGGAUUAUAUUCGAAAUACUCUUCGAUCAGAAUAUGGAAUUGCAAUGGAUGACGGCUCUUCACUGAUGAUCAGCGCUUUGUUCGUUGCCAUUCUGUACAUAUGGCAGCUCAUUACCAUCAAUACUUUCUGGAGAUAUGCCGUAGAUCGUCAACUCGAGCUCGAAACGACAAUGAAAGCCACGAUUGGAGGAGAAGAUCAUCCACCCACCAAUCAACAAUCAAGUGACACCGAGAGGUCGCCACUGGAGAUCUAUUCCGAGCCUCCACCACCUCUCUACUCUAAAAUCAUCACUGAUGUCUCGAUGUCAUUGCCAGUUUCAUCUGACAAAUAUUUUCCGUUGACGUACGGAUGCACGUAUGACUCACAAGCUUUCAUCUAUGAGGGAGAGAAAACGCCAUGGGGCUAUUUCUGUGUCUGCAAUGAAACAAAUUGUAAUCUCCCGAAUCCGGUGGUGAAAAAGCUUUCCGAUGUCCAGGUUGAGAUCGAAAUUGGAGAGAAAACUCUUCCAACCGAUAUGCCACCAAAUGUCACUUGCUACGCCUAUUCGAGUGAUUUUGUCUUCAACGGUCACGAAGCCGACGUGUUGAUCACACCGACCAUCAGAACUCCGAGACCGGACACAACUUGUCGAGUUAACAUGGAAAUACAGUUGAAAACUAAAAAGCCACCGUUGAAAGGAACUUUCAUUGUGGAUGGUGGAAAGCUGGAUCUCGAUCAGUUCUAUCGAAUUCAAAUCGCUAAUGCAACUUUUCCACCUUUCUACUUUGGCCUCUUCGUUUCAUAUCAGUACGAAGUUGAGCGCAGGUACUACGACUUUGCGUGCAACUACUCAAUGUGCACCAAUCCCAAGAAAAACGUCGGCAAUAUCGCCGUGAAUCACACGACAAAGUGUUAUGUUGGCUUGUCAAAUGCUGACACCUGCCUUGGGCACUUGUGUUUUUAUGCAACCGAUGGGCCGGCAGAACACCCAAAUAAACUGGUUCGACGGGGCUGUCUUUCACAAGAUUUUACGCUCGCAUAUGGACGGAUUGAGGUGACUCUUGAA